CCCGCAUCGAUCACUCCACUCUCGGAAAUUCGGCUUAGCCUCGGAGCCCUGACGAAAAGAUGUCAAGCAGAGCGGACUCACGCAUGGAUCCUCGCAUGACAGACGAUAGACAAGAGAUGGCUGCGCACGGUAGAUGUCAAGCAGAGUCAGCUGCGCACGAGAGAUGUCAAGCAGAGUGGACUGCCCACGAAAGUGUCAAGCAGAGAGGAUAGCGCACGAGAUUUAAAGCAAGCACAGAGGGCCCUCGCAAUGCUUCUGCACGGUCCCCGCAAAUCCUCAACAUCAUCGAAUAGGACAUCAUCAACCCCCUUUCCAAAGUCAUGGUACUCGGAUAUGGAGGCAAAAAGAACGCUGCGACGAGUGGCAGCGGCAGUGGCGAUGCGCACGAGGCACAGAUGAUGGCGUCGCUGAGGCUGAUGCACCAGCGCAGCCAGGCCCUCUACGAGACAAUCAACGUCGACAAGCCGUCCGACCUGAGCAUCCUGCGCUUAGGCUCCAUCGGUGCGCGUUCCGAGGGCAUCAGGCAGGCGGUCAUGAGCGCCGCCUCGGACGUGCGCGCGACCAAGACGCUCAGCGCUGCGCAAGUCAACGAGAUUACCUCUUUUGUCGCCAAGAACAUGGUCGAGCUGAUCGAGCGCUCCAUGGAGCUGUCCAGGGGCUUACUCAGGGAGCGCUGCGAGAGCCUCGGCAUGGGCUUCCCUACCGCCGUCAAGAUGGCCCUGGCACGGCUCCGCGAUGCGGUGAAGGACCUCAACGAGGCCCUCGAAGCCGCCUGUCCCGCCGAGCAGCUCGAGGAGGUCAAGGAGAUUGAUAAGCGGUGCCUGGACCCCGUUGUGGACACCAUCAAGGCAUACGCGUCGGUGCCUGCCGCUCCCGCUUGAGUCACUCAUACACUAGUCGCACGUAAUGAUGAUAUUUCCCUGAAGAUCCGAUGAUUUUAGACCAAAGUUGUGUGUCCACGUAUGAUUAGGAUGCAUCUAUGAGUGAACAGAAUGCCAUCGGAGAAGGCGAAGAGAAGGCGAAGGGAAUAGUGUAGGGAAAGUCAUCACGCCGCAGACGAGGCAGUGGCCGACGCGAGCGGCGGGGCGCUCUC